AUGGUGUUCAGAUCCAUCGCAAACGGGCAUUUCUUGUCCCUUCUGGCUUCUGCCAACAUAAUUAAUCCCUGUUUGGCCAAGGCCAUCGCCAACAUCUCGGAUAUCGAUGCCCAUCUCUUGAGCUUGAAGCCCUCGUUCUUCCCCGACCUGGAGACCAUCUCCCGCGACAUUUACAACAAUCCCGAGCUUGGAGGCAGUGAAUUUUUCGCCCACAGCUCGACCGUCAACUAUUUCCAAAAUAAUCGAUCAGGGGAGUGGACGGUGUUCCCCAAUCUCAUUCCUAGUCUCCCGACGGCAUGGAAGAUCGAGUUCUCUCACGUCCCAGCAAAGUGGGCUAGAGAUCAACCGAUCCCAACUGUCGGCUUCAUGUCCGAAUUCGAUGCUCUGCCAAUCGAAGCGGGAACCCAAUUGGGGCAUAGCUGCGGCCACCACCUCAUCUGGCUCCAGGGUGUCUAUGCCGCGAGUUUGGCUCGCCAGGCGUUGAUUGACUAUGACAUUCCCGGCCGCAUUGUGGUUGUUGGAUCUCCGGACGAGGAGCAAUCCGCAGGCAAGUUCGCCCUCGAGCAAGCAGGCAUCUUCGACAUCAGUCAGGUCUGGCUUAUGUCUCACCCAACCAUUGCAAAUGCUAUUCAGCCCAUGUCAGCCCGCCAGAAUAUCAUUGUUAAGGUCAUUAAGGACACCCACUUUGACGCAGUGAAAACCGCCUACAACAUGCUCGUCCCGCUGGCGAACAUCACCACUCUCCCUGGCGAGUUCUCCACCGCCGCACUAAUCGAAGAUACGGGCUUUUUUGUCUGCAAUGUCGUCCAGGCUGACAUUGCUCUCGGAGUCGUUGGACGAGGUGCCACGAUCGCAAGUGUGACCGACACUAUCAACACUAUCAAGACAGCACACCCCGGUUUCGCAAGCACCAAUUUUACCCUGGUCGAGGAUCUCAAUAUCGCCGGUGGUGUCCAGAUUCUGUUUACAGGAAACGCUGGUCACGCCUCGCAGGCCAACCUGGGAGCCAUGACAUUGUCCAUCGCUACUUUCCAGGCACUGAACGCCACCAAUGGAGACUUCCAGUUCUACCUUCCGGACAACACGACCAUCGCCGAAUUGGACUUCACAGUUGAUGCACGCACUCGUUGGACCUCCGACAUGGAAACCGUCAUCGAUUUCGUGCUGGACUUGCUCCCAACCAAGAACUUCUCCUUGGACAUCAUGUACCCGGCAUACGAGCCCGACCCUAAGCUUGGCCCACUCUUCAUCGACACCAUUGGACUCCCUGAAUACGGUGCCCAGAACUGGUCCAUCUCUAAGACCCCGCCCGCCGCCACGGAUGCAUCCUGGGUCCAGCAGGCCCAGGUGCUUGCCAAGAACGGAAACCACACCCUGCAAAGCGUCGAAAAGGCCGUUCUGCACGCUAACUUCAAUGUCUGUGAACAACCCGUCGCCCAAUGCCCGUUUAACCACGAUCCUCCAUUCGCUCUCAUCGCUGGCACGGAUCACGCAUACGACCAGACCGAGAAGACUUCUCGUGCCAUUGCCCGCAUUGCUGUGCAAUUGCUGAAUGACCCCACUAUGAUGAGUGAUGUAACCAGUAAUAUUCGUACCGGACCGGCACCUGUCCGGAGGUAA